UCAUUGUAAGGAGCUCAAGUGAACGAGUUUAGUACUAUACUGCACAGCCAUGCUAUUUCCCAAGCAUUGUUUUCUUUGGAUUAGUGCUUGACGUGCAGUUGCAAUGGAAAUGAAUAGACAGUGUCAUGAGAGAAUUAAGUUUUGAGUGAUGGUGUCAUGUAUAGUAAAUUCUUGAGUUUAAGCAUUUAUAUAUCUCUCUUUGCUUUUCAUUGUGUGAACAAUAGGUCGUAACUUUAGCAUUAUCCAUAACACAUGCCACCUAGGUAGUACCUGAACCAGGAAAAACUAACAACCUUAUGCCAUUCCUAGACUAUAUACAUACAGUAUUGAAUGAAUGUCAAUAUCCAGUAUCUGAGUAUCGAGUCCGGCAUGUGGCCCAAUAAGUUAGGCAAAAUAUGGCACACGCUUGAGCAACAAGCGCUCAUGCAUAUAUCUACUGGCUAUACCGAUUUAUUAAUGCUAUAAUUACAAAAUGUGGUACUUAAAAGUAAAAAAGUUUGUCAUGCUGAGAACGAAAAAUAACCUCGUUGUCAGCGGAGUUUCAAAAUUUAUAUAUUCCGUGUGCAUGUAUGAUUGUUAUUGUGUGCUCAAUGUUUGUAUGGCUGUUGUUAGUAAAGUUGGAAAACGUCCAGAUGAAAAUUUCAAAAUGAAAUCAAUUUCUGAUAAAUAUAAAAUGAUAUCUGGCGAGCGGAAGUCGAUUAAAUAUCAUGUUUGAUCAAGCAUAGAAAAUGAAGAUGCUGUGUAAAUUGUGUAAAUCAUCGAAAGACUGCUCUGAUUGACUUGAUUUAUGCUGAUAUUUUCCCCGUCGUGUAAAGUGCCGGAAAAUAUUUGGAUUUCAAAGAAUACUAGUUAGAACUCGACAUGCUUGACCUCUUGAGAAACGAUCCAAUUAAUUGGCAAAGGAUUUUUUAGCAAAACUGAAUAUCUCAACUACUCAAGAACUGUGGACUUGUGGGGAAAGUGUUUACGGCAUAAUUUGGCAAUUUUUAGUUCGUUAUAUUUCUCAUUACUGACAGCUUGUGCAAGUUGCAUGUAUCCAUAUAGUGUAAAGUAGGUUUCGCUGCCGCAGGAACGCGAAUACGCCUUUACCCUGGAUUUGCUGCCGCGAUAUUGCUGACCACUUAUCUACUCGAAAUUUAGCCAUACAUACAUCCAUAACAUUAAUAGGCAAAUGCAUUUAAUUUAAUCUAUUGUAACACAAUAAUAAUUGCUUAUUUGUUUCAAUUUUGGUCAUCACCAGCUACAAAACCUGCCGAAAAUUCUACCUCAACAGCAAUUUUUGACAUUAAUUAACUUGCCGCAGGAUAUCUAUGACUAUGUAUGAACUUAUACUCAAAACAAAAAUAAAAUAACCUUGCUGAGUUCUCAAGUACUUCAAAGCUGUCAGACAAUCUAUAUCUAGAACUUAAAACAUAACACAACACAACAGAGCGAACACGUGGUUGUUAUUAAUAUGCUUAUUUUAGGUGGUCUAUAGCAAAUUGUCGACGUCCAAUCUUAACAAAGAAUCAAUUAAUGCUCAUACUCAAUUCAUUCGGCAUAAUUUAAAUUCAUUCGGCAUAAUUUAAUUUGACAGUACAGGAAUGGGCGUCAGGUGCUUGUCCAGUAAACGGCUUCAGGUGCCCACUAUAUAUACAGCCAUUGCGUGACGAUAUGUCCAUGAAAACAUGUAUAAAAGUUAUUCAAAGUUACCUGUCCCAUCACUAAAAUAUCGUUAUGAAAUUGGCAUUGGUCCUUGGUUCAGGGCCGUCGCUAGGGGUGGGAGUGUGACACCCCCUGAAAACAUCUUUUUGGGGAAAUGAUUUUGUCCCUACCCCCGUCACCAACAGUUUUGGGAAAAGAAAUAUUAUAAAAUAGCGGCUGAAAUGUUAUCGGUAAAUGUGAUAGGCCUAUAUACUACUUCCCUUUAGCCUCUUCUCGAUGGCUCUGCCUUGGUUUAUGAUUUCUUUAGUGAAAUGUCAGAUAUGAAAUGUAUAAAGUCAAAGAGAUGGAUAGCCAAUUGAAUGACGUACUCCUGGGAUAUUAAAGAUUACAUAAUCUUUUCUAUAUCAUAAAUUUAUUUACUUUGCGUGAUGAUAAUUGGCUUCUUUAAAGGUGCCCUACAGUCCGUAUGUAAACAAAGCCUUUUUUACAUUUUUGUGUCGAAAAUAUUGAGCUUUAUUCCACAACUAUUUAUAUUUUCAAGCUUCUAGAGUAUAAUAAAUGAUCAAGAAACAACAAUCAGGCUUUGCAAGAACUUGAAAGAACCCAAAACAUAGUUAAACUGUUUGUAUCAUAAAAAGUGGGCUCCUUUGUGCACAGAUUGGACUGUAGGGCACCUUUAAACAACAGUGUAUAUAAACAAAUAGCCUAUUUAUUAUGUUCAGUUCACUGAAAGAUUUUCACUAUUUUUAUUGUAACCACUUAACACGCAAUACCGAUUAUAAGCAUUUAAGGCUAUUAUACUCCAUCCAUGUACUGCUCAUGCUUUACAUGAAAAAAAAGAUAACUAUAUGUGGUUUCUUUACCGGGGUCAGACUAAAAUUUGGCCUGUAAAUGAAUGAAUGAAUGAAUGGCUGUGAUGUCAUGAAACAAUGUGAAUUUUAAUCCAUCACCUUGUGAUAUCUCACAGUGUUGACAGUUUUAUAUCGAGCUGAAGUGAUUACGGCCUGCCUGGAAUUUAAUUUCAAAUUUCUUCAAUUUCCUCCAGUCAGAAUUUCUGGAGUUUUUCCGAAUUUUAAGUGGUAAUUGCCCUCUAUCUCGUAUGCUAUAAUGAGAACAAUAUUGUAAAAAAAAUUGUAAGGGAAAAAGUGUCGAUACAUUUUCAAAACUUCAGGAUGUAUAACAGUUUAACAGUUUUAAACGUCGUAUUUUUAAUCAGAUUUUAUGCAGCAGAUAUCAGGAUUUCUUUUAAUGUUUCUUCUUUCGAAUUAUGUUAGUUUUGGUGACACAUAGUUCGUUACUAUGGCAACACACGCGCGUGAAAUUCACUAGAAAUAGCCCAUUGCUUUGUGUAGCUGGUCACCCCCAGUUCACGUUUUUCGUGCACUAUUUUACUCAGGACAUACGUUUUUGGAAAAACGCAAAAAUGUCGUAAAUAAUUACUCAAAUAAUUUUAAUUAAUAUUUAAUUAACAUUAAGAUACUAAUCGAGAAUUGAGAAUUUUUCAUAUAUAUUAUUACAACUAUAAUAUAACCAUCCAUGUACUUUACAUAAUGUUUAAUAUUUUGUCUUGUAGUUUAUCAUGGAACCUCUGGAUUAAAUGCAAUUGGUGGAAACAUAAAUAAUGGUCGACAACUACCAGACUACAUACGCCACAGAAUCGUUCAGUUGGCCAGUUGUGGUGUGCCAUAUUGCGAGAUUUCUAACAGACUCAUGGUAUCUCAUGGAACAAUUAGUAAAAUUCUUGGCCGUUUCUAUGAUUCAGGAACUGUUCGACCUGGAUCUAUCGGAGGUAGUAAACCUAAAGUUGCAACACCCGCUGUUGUGAGUAAAAUUGUUCAAUAUAAACAACAAAAUCCGACGAUCUUCGCUUGGGAAAUACGAGACAGAUUGGUUGAAGAAUCAGUAUGUGAUAGAGAUAACGUUCCAAGUGUUAGUUCCAUCAAUAGGAUACUUCGCAAUAAAGCUGCUGAACGAGCUGCACAGUACGCCAUGUUAGAAAGAGAACGACAGCAUCUUACAGGGCUGUACAUGCAACAUUGGAGUCCUAUACCAGACGUUGCCAUGGCACCAUUUAGUUAUCCAAUAUAUCCGAACGCUCGAGUUAUUUCUGAAGUACCAGCACACACGCCAAUACACAAAGAAGAGCCAAAUAGUCAUGAAAGACCAAGAUCAAACGAGACUGUACAGGACAUAAAAACUUCACGGGAGGAAGAACGUGUUUGGCAAUCCCCAACACUAUCUUCACCUGCAGAUAGUACAGAACACAUUGUAAAUGAUGGUAAGUUAAUCACGAUAACGCGGAGAGGGGGUCACAAAGAAUGGAGGUGAAUCAUAAGUGAGCGAGUGGGGGGGGCAAAAUGGAUUAAGUAAAUGUUGAACAGCAUGGAGAUAACACAUUGAUGGCGGAAAUAUAUGGAUAGACAAACUCUAAGUGGGUCCGGGGUUAAUUCUGAAAAGCCAUUUUUUUACGAUCUGGGAACGAAAUUGUUGGUAUGUCAAGGGAUUCUCAAGAUAAUGGGAUGCUACAUUUAGGUCUGGUUAUUACUAUAGUUGUGUUAUCAUGUACAAAUGUUAUCAUAUAAUUGGUUUAAGUUCUCAAUGGAUUAUGAUUGUGAUGUCUCUCUCGCUUUUCUAAAAAAAAACAUCCUAACGCUUGCAUGAAAUCAUCACAGUUACUAUUUAGGAUAUUUUGGGAAUUACAUAUUGGACAGUGAAAGUGAAGAACUGUUAUUUCUGUUUAGAUGAAAACAACGUAUCAUCUUCAGAAACAACAGAAGAUGCUUCAAAAUCGGAGCCUACUAGUUCAGACAUGCAAGUCGAUCAGAAGAGGAAACUUCGCCGUAACAGAACCACAUUCACUCAGGAUCAAUUACAGAUUUUGGAAAAAGAAUUCGAAACGUCUCAUUAUCCGGAUGUAGCAACGCGUGAAGAAUUGGCAAACAAAAUAGACAUGUCUGAAGCGAGAGUACAGGUAUAUAUAAUUUAGUUGAAUUUACAGAGUUCCCAAAGUAUUAUUAUUCACUCCGACUCCCAACUUCGUCUCAUCCAGGGCAUGAGCCCAUUACAGCUCCCUGGGUUAUAUAUUUUCUCCGUGGUUAUAUGCCUUAUCCUCAGUUUGUGCUAAUUAAAAGUAAAAUAAUAUUACUAUACUGAAACCCAUACGUCCAUUCUUGUAUGUUCUACAAUGUCCUACUGUUUAGGCCAAGAGCUGCUUGAACAUUGUAAUUAACGCAUUUCACAAUUUUCCCUAUUGACGUCAUAAUCAACAUUUUACUUCAGUUUUUAUUUUUUUAUUUUCACCUUUUGCAUUUGGACUAUAAGCCCUUUGAAAUAUUAUAUAAAAGAAUCGAAAUAACCUAACUUAACAAAUGAAAUUAUUAUUAAAUGUUCUAUAUUUCAUGACCAUUUAUAUUCAAUAAAUUUAUGGCUGUUUUCAGGUUUGGUUUUCCAAUAGAAGAGCAAAAUGGCGACGAAAUAAGAACAUGAUGAAUUUACAAGCGAUGCGUCAAUCGUCUGUGUUUGGCGGUUACUGUCACUUAUGUCAUGAUUAUGAACUACCAGACCGAGCAUGUUCCAGCAUACAUAUACGUGGUCUUGAACCACAGUUAUCUUACACUCCGCCUCGAUUUGAACCUUACAGUAGAUUAGAGGGACAUUUUAGACCACUUCCUGCUCUACCAAGUAAGAACUCGUCUUCCCCAGAGUGUCCUAGAGAUUACUCUCGAUAAAAUACAAUGUUUAUUAGAAAGCAAAAAUUUGUAGACUAUAGUGUAUUUAUAACUGAUUUCUACCUGUAAAUAGUUGAAUAUUUAUUAAAGAUAAGAAAUGUUAGUUAAGGGAAAGGAAGACUAUGAAGUAAGAGAGUCGUUUUCGCAUUUGAAAGAAUGUCUAACAUUGUAGUAAUACUUCUUAUUUUGUUUAUUGCAAGUAGGAUUCUCGCAAAAUGAUUUGCUUUUUGAGCAGGUGGAUUCAUAUCAGUUUUAGACACUGAACAAAAUAAUGUUAUUGGAGAAAGUGAACGAGGUAAAAAAGUGUCGCCAAAGCAUGGGCGUGGUCACUUGAAAUGGCGUCAGCAUCCGCCAGAUUUGGUUCCUUUCUUGGUUGUAGAUUCAG